GUGCGGUCACACCCUGCCUGGCCGACCGGGCCCUCCGGCUGGAAAGUCCUGUCCUCGCGGCCUGGAACCUUGUGUGUCCGGGUCUCGCUUCCCGGGAUGCCGGUAGGGAAGCAUUUAAGAGAGGGACCGUGAGGAGCCGCUUGUAAACAGAGAGGGGAGCCGGGAUGGGUCAGCGGCCAAACGCGCUGUCACGGUGAGGCGGAAGGGCUGCCGAAGCCGAGCCCCCACCGGGAGCGGACUGCAGGCCCCGCAGGUGAAGGGAGAGAAGCAGCCGCCGCCCCGGAAAUCAAGGAUUGCCAUGGCAUUGCUUUGACAAGCACUUCUGGUUAUCUUCGCAGAGAUCCAACUGAAGAAUCAUCUCAAAGGAACGUCUUUCUCCCUGUCCCUCUUUUAAUGUCCAUUUCUAAGUGGACUGGGAAAGCAUCAACCACCCUUGUGCUUGGCCUGCUCCAGGCAGCCAAAUGAAGCUUUCUUCAAGUUGUUUCUUGAGCUUUAUUGCUGAAGCAGCUCCCUGUGUUGGGUAAACGUUCAUGAAGCCCUUUUCUGAACCAGCUUAGGAGGCUUAGGCCUCUUAGAGCCUGUGGCAUGGAAGCUUUGGAAGUGGAUGAUAUCAGCCCGGCCUUGGAAGUUACUGAGGAUUUCUUUAGUUCUUUUGAUAGUAAGCUAGAAAAUGCUGUACAGCAAGCAGAGGUUUAUGCGAUUCAAGAAGUCCCUGAACUGGUGGGGCACGAAGUAUUCAGUAACAUACCAGACAAUGGUGCUAUCAGAAAUGUUGCCUCCCUGGGCAAGGGGGGCAUGAUUUGGGACCACUGUAACAGCAGGCUCUUAGAAACCAAAGCUCAAAAUGUCUUCCCUGCCAAAGAACAGUUUAUGGUCCAGAGAGGGACAGCUCCAGAUAACCUUUCCUGGGUGGAACAAAAGGAAACAUCAACCUUUAAUUUUUUUGACAUUUGCCAGCGUAGGAGAGACAGACCUCGAUCUGUGAAUGACUUAUUGGAUGAGACCUCUACUUUCAAGCCAGGGCAUGCUCGGUCCAGGUCAGAUAUUACUCAAGUGGACUGGAGGCUAGUCCUCAAAACUACACCUUUGCAGCAGCAGCAGCAGCAGCAACCAACUCUUCAGGGCCCUCACUUCACCAGGCCGUCUUUUCUGUCACCUUCAACAAAUAAGGUAGAAGAUGCUCAAGGAAAUACUGAACACAAGCAGACAUUCCCAAAUAUUCUGAAGAAGGGUUACCUGGAGAUUAGGAGGGACCAUGACAGUUACUGGCAAAGCUGUUAUGCAGAACUAUCACCCUACAACUUAUACUUCUACAGCCUCGACAGCAGUGGGAACCAAAACCUCUAUGCCACGUACCAGCUUUCACACUUCCAGAGCAUAUCUGUUUUGGGCAACCUUGAGGCCAGGAUUGUGGAUACUGUCCUGUAUGACAACACUCAGCUACAGCUAAAGGCAGAGUCACCGUGGGAGGCUCUGGACUGGGGACAGAAGCUCUGGGAAGUUGUGCAUGCCACUGGGCCGGGUUAUGUGGUACAUCAGGAUGAGCUGGCAAACUCACCAGGGCUUGGUCAUAAUGUUGACUGUACGCAGAAUCAUUGUUUACAAAAGAAAUCCAGUGGGCUGCUGCUGUCGUCCCCUGUCUUAGAUAGCCCCAAACAGUACCAAAACAUCCUCAAAUCAGGGACGCUGUACAGGCUAACUGUCCAAAACAAUUGGAAGGCAUUUACGUUUGUGCUGAGCAGAGCCUACCUUAUGGCUUUUCAGCCUGGCAAGCUAGAUGAGGAUCCCCUGCUGAGCUACAAUGUGGACGUCUGUCUGGCUGUCCAGAUGGACAACCUAGAUGACUGUGACUCUUGCUUUCAAGUCAUUUUUCCCCAAGAUGUCCUCCGCCUCCGUGCUGAGACCCGGAAGAGAGCUCAGGAAUGGAUGGAGGCUUUGAAGACAGCUGCCAAUGCGGCAAGGAGUUCAGAGCAAAACCUGCAAGUCAUGCUGAGGAACAAAUCCAAGGAUCAGAUGGGCGGGCACAAUCUCAGGAAGAACAAACGUCAGUCGGUGACCACCAGCUUCCUGAGCAUUCUGACGACUUUGUCUUUGGAGCGAGGACUCACUGCUCAGAGUUUCAAAUGUGCAGGUUGCCAGCGAUCCAUAGGCCUUUCCAGUGGGAAAGCUAAGGUGUGCAAUUACAGUGGGUGGUACUACUGCAGCAGCUGCCAUGUGGACGACAAUUUUCUUAUCCCUGCACGCAUAGUCCACAACUGGGACACUUCAAAAUAUAAGGUGUCCAAGCAGGCCAAAGAGUUUCUGGAGUACGUGUAUGAGGAGCCACUGAUCGACAUCCAGCAGGAGAACCCCAUGCUGUACCUGCACGCUGAGCCACUAGCCGCAGUGGUGCGCCUGCGGCAGCAGCUCAAAUCACUCCGGGCCUAUUUGUUCAGCUGCCGGGCGGCAGUGGCCGAGGAUCUGCGCAGAAGAAUUUUCCCCAGAGAAUACCUCCUCCAACAGAUCCACCUGUAUUCCCUCGCCGACCUGCAGCAGGUGAUAGAGGGAAAGCUGGCUCCAUUCUUGGGCAAGGUCAUUAAAUUUGCCACCUCACACGUGUACAGCUGCAGUCUGUGCAGCCAGAAGGGGUUCAUCUGCGAAAUCUGUAACAAUGGAGAGAUCCUCUACCCCUUUGAGGAUAUUUCAACAAGCAGGCUCAGAGAAGAACAAGCAAGAUAAUACCAAUAUUUCUUCACCUGGGAAUAUCAUAUUCAAAUUGCAGAAGACCAACCAUUAACUCAAAAUGGACCUUAGACCUAAAUGUAAAAUACAAGGUAUAAAACUUCUAGAAGAUAACAUAGGAUAAAAUCUAGGUGACACUGGGUUUGGUGAUGGGGUUUUUGUUUUGUUUUUUAAUUGUGAUAAAAUAUAUCUGGCAUAAAAUUUGCUAUUUUAACCAUUGUUAAGUGUACAAUUCAUUGGCAUUAAUUACAUUCACAAUGUUGUACAACCAUCAUCACUAUCUGUUUCCAAAAUUUUUGUAUCAUCCCAAACAGAAACUCUGUGCCCAUUAAACAAUCACUCCGCCUUCCUCCCCUCCCCUGCCUCUGGUAGCCUCUAAUCUACUUUCUUGUACAGCACGAAGAGUGAACCCUAGUGUGAACUGUGGACUUCAGUUAAUAAUAAAAAAAAUAAUAGUGAGUUAAUAUUGGUUUGUUAAUUUAACAAGGGUGCCCAUACUGAUGCAGGAUGUUAAUAACCUUUUGCCAUCAAGUUGAUUCUGACUCAUAGCGACCCUAUAGGGCAGAGUAGAACUGCCCCAUAGAAUUUCCAAGGAGCCAGCUGGUGGAUUCAAACUGCCGAAUUUUAGCUAGAAGCUGAGCUCUUAACCACUGUGUCACCAGGGCUCCCAGAUGUUAAUAGUAGCGGAAACUGUUUGUAGGUGAGAGGGGGGAAGGGUUUAUGGGAAUCUCUGCACUACCUGCUUCAUUUUCUGUAAAUCUAAAACUGUUCUACAAAAUAAAGCCUAUUAAUUAAAAUUUAAAAAUUCAUUCAACUGGACAGUUGAUUCUAAGAUCAAAGCUGAGCCCUCAAUUUUUAAUAAACUUUAUUCAUUAGAUAAAUUUCAGAUUUAUAGAAUCAGCCAUUUCUCCAAGGAGCCCUAGUUCCUUUCAUUGGAGACUGAUAUUAAGAACUAAGAGCUGGGCGUUGGACACACACUUUUAAAGCUCUCAGUCCCAGGACUCAACCCUUGAGUAGAGCAGAGAUUUUCUCCUCUGGCUGCACAUCAGAAGCUCCUGUAUUUUCAAAGGAUCCACAGCUACUGUUAAGGCCCAACCAGAAGAAAGAAUCACUCCUGGAAGACAGCUGUGGUCCUAGUCAGAGGGGCUGAGUUCUCACAGCCAAAAUGACUAUAUUAGCACAUCUAUAGAUUCACAGGAGCCCUUACCCAGCAGGAAAGAAUGAGUGGCUGUUUAGAAUCUGUUCCUCCCUUGGUCAGAUGAGGUUCUCUAAGUUUGCACAGAUGUCUGAGUCGCAAGGAGCCCUGACCAGCCUUCCUGGAAUUCUAGGUUAACAAUACUCUUCAAUAACUCAAUGAGCUUUCUCUUGGUGUUCAGUUUCCAGGUAAACACUGGGAGAAGUUUAUACAAGUCUAUGGGAAAUGGUGGAGUCCCUGGAUGGUGUAAACCAUUAAGCAUGUGACUACCAGCCCAAAAGUUGAUAGUUUAGACCUUUCUAGAGGUUUAGAGGCACCUCAGAGGACAGGCCUGGCAAUCUGCUUAGGAAAGGCCACAGCCUUGGGACAGUUCUGCUUUGCACAAACAGGGUCUCCAUGCAUCAGAAUUGAUUUCCUGGUAACUAACAACAAAAAAAAAAAAUUUUUUUUUUUUUUUAAACAACAACAGCAAAAUGGCAAACAGCAAAAAGAGCCACUCGUAAAAAAUUUAUUAAAGGAAAACUUUAAUCAGAAAUACUGAGUUGCUGAUUUAAAACUUAUGUCAGUAAAGAUGUGUUGAAUAAAUAAAUGUGAUAUAAAUUUGAAUAGUGAGGGAAAUUUUUAAAAUCUGUGUAACUGAUAUCUUUAUGGAUGAAGUAAUGUGAUGUCUGGGAUUUGCCUGAAAUAGUCUGAUGGCGAGAGAGAGAGGGUGGAUAUAGAUAAAAGAAAUUGGCCAGGAGUUGAUAGUUGUUGAAGCUGAAUGAUGGGUACACAGGGGUUUAUUAUACUAUUCUCUUGACUUUUUUUAUGUUUGAAAUUUUCCAUAAUUAAAAAUGUUUAAAAAUAUGUAUAUAAAAUCUUAGAACUGAGUUAUUUAGUAGAUUCUUUACCACGUAUCCUUGACCAUUUUGCUAAAUUUAGCACCCUUGUGCCCUCAGAAAUAUAUUUAAUACUCUUUCAGACCCAAAUAUCAUUUGAAUGGCGUAAUUACAAUUCAGUAAAAAACAUUUCACAAGCAUUAAAACUAUUCGUUCUUUCACCAAAUGACUUGAGUGUGCUCUGUAUGCUGCAUUGGGCUAGGCUUUGCUCCUUGCUCACAAGUCGUUUACAGUCUAGUGAGAGACGGACAAGCAGUUAGGCAGUUCUGUUAAAGUAUGGUAGGAGUCACACAUCAAACAGACAUCAAUUUUUUCAGGCUUUUUUUUUUUUCCUUGUUCAUUUAAUCAUUAGGAAGGAAGAAUGAAUCUGUAAUUUAAAAUGCCCAUGUCAUAUUUAUCUGUAGGGCACCAUCUCUGGCAGACACUAGAGAACAUGAUUUGAGUGUAAGGGGAUGGAAAUAACACGUACUGGUGUCUUUGGUGCCAGCAGUUCACAUACUUCAUCAUCUGGUUCUUACGCCAGUCCUCUGAGAGAGCGUAGUUACCUCCAUUUUAACAAUGAGGAAACCAAGGUUCGGAGAAGGUAAUUAACUUUCCUGGGGCUUGUGGCUUUUUAAAACUUGAACCCAAAUAAUUCUGACUCCAAAAUCAAUGUGUUUUUCCCUAGUAUCGUUGCUUUUUCUAUACUUGUAGUCUUCAAACCUUUUUGCAGUAUACGCCUUAAAAGAAAUGUGAAAAAUUAUGCACCCCCAACUCUGAGUUGGAAUCGACUCGACAGCACACAACAACAACGCCAUCGUUAAAAAAGUCUCCCCCUAAAAUGGUAUUUCUAACUGUUCCUUGAUUUGCUACCCUGGAAGUUUUUACCCUGGAGCAAUGAGCCAUAGGUAGAUGGGGAUGGAUGACAGACAGGCCUUUCUUUUGUAAACUGGCCUAAGGGCUAUUGUGAGGAGAAGGGGCAAGGAGACCACAGCAGAGCUUCCACCUCAGGAGCAUUCAUCCCUAGGCAGGCCAGGUUUGUGAAGGUGCGCCUAUGGGAGCUGUUGUGGUGGUGUUAGCUACCCUCUAGUCAGCCCCAAAGGAGCCCUGGUGGCACAGUGGUUAAGUGCUCAGCUGCUAACUGAAAGGUUGGCAGUACGAACCCACCAGCCGCUCCAUGAGAGAAAGAUAUGGCAGCCUGCUUCUGUAAAGAUUACAGCCUUGGAAACCCUACAGGGCAGUUCUGCUCUAUCCUAUAAGGUCACUGUGAGUUGGAAUCUACUCGACAGCAAUGGGUGUGCGAGUUGGCCCCAACUCGUGGCGGCCCCAGCUCGUAGGAACCCUGCUGUCAGCGGGACAUAAUGCCGCCCAGCCCUGGGCCAUUCCUGUGACCAGCUGUGGGUCAGACCAUUGUAACCCGUGGGUUCUUCACUGACUGAUUUUCAGGUUAGAUCGCCAGGCCUUUCUUCCUAGUCUGUCUUAGUCUGGAAGGGCCAGUGAAACUUACUCAGCAUCAUAGCAACAGGCAGACCUCCACUGACAGAUGGGCAGGGGCUUCCCAGGAGGUGCAUUGGCCCCAGAUCAACCCAGGUCCCCUGCAUGGAAGGGAGAAUUCUGAGGACUCAGCUCAAUCGGGUUUAAGGAUGCAAACCCCGGCUCGCUGCACUACACCAGCCUCCCCUUCCUUCAGAAGAUAAUGCUGACAGUUUUACCUUGAGAUAGUGUUUCUUCUCAAACACAAAUUAAAUUCUUACCUCUCCCUAACCUAAGUAGGAAAACACUAAAACCCAAAUUGCAAAAUUUAAAUACAAUAGGAAGAACCUGAAUUACAUGACUGUUUUACUUAAGCCUAAUCCAGCAUUUACCGUCCUAGAGGACUAGAACUAAAGUACAGCUUCCAGAGAUAAACCUUCUGCUAAGACAAUGAUAAGGUCCCACAUCCUAAAGAAAUAGAAAUGACAAAACAUGCCCUCCUCCAUUGAGAAUAAGAAAUAAGGGCUCUAACUUUUAAGACUUACAAGUCAGAUAAUUAGGUUGACUCUGCUGUAAAACUUGAGGGAAAACAAUGAAUAUUUAUGCAGAAAAAAAGUCACCUAAAUCCAUAAAAUGAACCUAAACCUAGAUCUGGAAAAAUCUUCCAAUUAUCCUCCAAUCCAGCUUUCUUGCUGGCAUAUCUACAUAUUACUCACCUUCUCUGGUUCCUAAGGACACCUUCCCAAUGCUGCUAAGGAGAUCAUCCUGCUCUCAGCAUUUCUGAGAAGAUGCCAUUCCUGAAUCUUGAAAUGCUUCAAGAUCACAAGUACAUAAGCACUUCGUCUUGAAAACUCAGCAUGCGUUUUAACAUGAGACUAACGGAACAAAUCAGCUAGCAUAUAUCGGUUCCAUCCUUUCUGUCCCAAUCCAUUUGGCUUUGUUGAUUUUUUCAUGUGACAUACAAAUCAUCCCCACAGUUUUUCCAAAAUGGAAAACAUUGCACUUCAAGAUUUUCCUACCCCUAUACCAUUUUUGGGGUUAUACCAUUUUUGGAGCCCUGGAGGCACAAUGGUUAAGAGCUUGGCUGCUAACCAAAAGGUCAGCAGUUCUAGUCCACCAGCUACUCCUUGGAAACCCCAUGGGGCAGUUCUGCUCUGUCCGAUAAGGUCACUAGGAGUCGGAAUCAACUUGAUGGCUACGGGCUUGUGUUUUUUGGUAUACCAUUUUCAGCUGGAUUUAAAUAUGGGCAUACUGUAAGAUUAUAUACAUACAAUCAGAUAUUAUUCUGCCGUAAGAGAAAUGAAGUUCUGGUAUAUGCUAUAUAUGACAUAGAUGAAUCUUCAAAACAUUAUGCUACAUGAAAUAAGCCAGACAGAAAAGGACAAAUAUUAUAUGAUCCCACUCAAAUGAAAUAUCUAUAAUAGGCAAAUGCAUAGAGACAGAAGGUAGAUUUAGUGGUUACCAGGGGCUGGGGGAGGAGGGGUAAUGGGAAGUUAUUAUUUAAUGGGUACCGAGUUUCAGUUUGGGGUGAUGAAAAUUUUUGGAAAUAAAUGGUAGUAAUGAUUGCAAAAAAAAGAAAAAGAUCAUACUUAACAUUGAGCCUGGUGUCCUCCAUGUGGUAGGCAUUCUAUAAGUAUUUAUUGUUUGGUUCAGCUCUCCCAAGUAUAUGUACAAUCAUCAGGAUGCUGACAAAGCUUUUUAAAUAAAGUAAUUAAAAUACUUCCAAAGAUGGAGAAGCAUAGUAAAACUCUGAAGUAACACUAUAGCUUCAUAUGUGAGAAUGAAGCAACUGACCUACCAUUUCAGGUAUUUCUGUGGUAGGAACAUCAGCCUGUCCUGGUCGGCAGCAUUCACGUGCCCUAGGGAAGGCAUCAGAGGAAGUGUUACUCCUGGCUUAGUGGAGCAUCUGAGACUCAGUGGUUACUCUUCUAAAGGGGUUACUUGUUUUAUGAAGUUGUGGGGUUCAGGGGUACAGUUUGUACAGUACUUGCCAGCUUUUCUUUGUGUAAAACUAGUUGACCACUCCUUCCUUUUCUCCAAGGAAUAACGAUUGUACUCCAGACCCUGACCGUAUCAACGCCAAACUCUUACCAGUUGAGUGAACGUACUCUGACACCACAUCCAAUCUGCACAUGUUUAAAACAUAUUUCCUACAUCUGUCUGUUGAGAACAACCAUUAGCCUCAUGGGAAAGUCCAUAGCAAGUGAGUUUCUAGCAGAGCUUAUCCUUUUUUUAAUCUUUCAAAUCUAUUUUGUCAGGUUAAUUUCCAGAAAAAAAAGGCCUCCCAAAGAACAUUGUCCAAGCCCCAUUGUUUCAUCCAUCUGGUCAAACUCCAGAAAUGUCCAAAUUUUACUGAAGAACAUGGAGACUCCUCCCAACACACUUGACCUUUUUGAAUUGGUCUUUGUCAUCUUGCAUUUCAUUGCAGUCAUACCACCCAGCCACCCUGAGGACCUGAACUUGUUGGGGCAUGGACUUUUUUCUUUACCUUGGCACUUUCUGCCUUUUCUUAAGCCUCAAAUACACAUGAAGUUUUCAAAUGGAUAAUUUGUUUAAAAAGAGAGAAAGAACCUGCUUUAUUAUAAAGUGUAGAAUUAUCUUUUUUUUUCUUAGGAGAUGCUAAGAGGCAUAAUUUUUACUCAGUAUAACUUCAACAGCCCAGUAAGCACUGUGUUUUCUGUUACCCUACUUCCCAUUGAUUUGGGGAAAGGGUAAAGCCUAAAUGUGGAUGGAGAUAGCUUUGCCUAAAGUUGUUGUCACUUACUUAUGUGCCUAGAAAGAAACCCAGCAACCUUAUAAAGGCUUUUCUGUGUUUUCUGGGGAGCCACUUGUAGUUUUUAAUUUUUUGAAGGAGAGUUCCAUGGUUAGGCAUGAUUUUCUUUUUUUUUGUUGUUGUUGUUGGGCUGGAUGGAGGAAGAGGGAGAAACAAAACUGUGGAGGAAGAGAGAGAAGCCCUGCUCAGAAGCUGGUUUUCUGUUGUGGCCUAUUUGCUCAGCCUUUAUUUUUGUCAGUCCUUGCACUAACAGGGUGAAUACCUGGAUUAUGCCCUCAUCUGGACUCGAAUACACAUACAUUACAUACCCUUUCUCCCUAAUCAGCCUGACACAUUCCUUUGUUGGUAAAUGGUUCCAAAACAAACACUGUCAGUGCACCUAAUUAGCAGGUUUGUGGGCUGCGCUUGGCAGCCUUGUUACAUCCUGUUCAACAAUGGAGAACAACAGCCCUGGCUAGGUCAGGCUUAAGGGAGGGAACAACUUCCCCCAACGUAUGUACUCUUUUUAAUGAUAUUUCCUUUCUGUGGCUUUUCUUGGGAGGCGGCCACUCAGUGAGUAUUGUAAUGAGGUGUGGGAUCCUAGAAACAGCUAGAGGGAAUCUGGACUCCUCCUGAUGGGUACCUUUCCGAGGAACUGUUUGCUUCAGUCUGCUUCUUGCUCUUUUCUCUCUCUGGUAUUGAAGAGAAGCAUAUUGAGGAACUUUCUUGGUGGCUUUGAUGCUGGAGGUUAAGACUCCUGCCUGUGUUUUAGAAUCAUAAACCAACAGGUGGGAGGGGCUGUGGAGACUAUAAACAUUUUGGGGGUGGAAAAACUGAAGGCCAGACAGCUCAGAUAUUUUGUGAGUGGCAGGAGCUGGGUGGUGACUUACGAAGAUGGAAUUCUACUCUUAGACCAUAUGACUAUGUACUUUUAAAUGUAUUUAUUGUGUCUGUGAAGGUUUUCCUUGAUAAAAACUCUUGAGCACAAUGCUAGUAUUUUUGGCUUUUAAACUUUGGUCAAAGAAUAACUUGGUAAGUAACAUUUCCCCUUGGCCUGGUGGCUUCCAUAUUCACAUGUCAAAAUGUUUCAGAAUGUCUGCUAACACAGACAAGACUUUUGUGAAACCCUAAGGGCUGACCUGACCCUUUACACCAUUAAGUCACUUGAUAAAUACGGCGCAUUUAUAAACACAAUCCUAGCUGUUGAGGCUGCCAUUGUUUUUUGAGGCCAUUUAGUUACUUGAAUAGAUGACUGUCAUCUCCACCUAGACACAUUUCUUACCAAGCUUGUAGUUAGGUGUCUGGUUAAUAUUGUGUUAAUCAUCUGUUGCUUUAAACAUUUCAGACAACCUUAUUUUUGUUUGUUUACGGGGGAAAACGCUCAUCAUUGUUCAACUCAUAUUUUUACUAAGAUAAAAUUUACUUUCUAAGAUAAAAUUGGAGUCCUGGUGGUGCAGUGGUUUAGGGCUACAGUGAGCUACGCCUGCUGACCAAAAGGUUGGCAGUUUGAAUCCACCAGCCGCUCCUUGGAAACCCUAUGGGGCAGUUCUACCCUGUCCUGUAGGGUCGCUAUGAGUCUGAAUCAACUUGACAGCAACAGGUAGUAGUUGUAGUAAGAUAAAAUUAAUUGGUGUUCAUUAAAGAAAAUUUGAUGAGUACACAAACGUAUAAAGAGAAAACCCUCUAUAAUUUAUUCUUUUUUCUAUACAUAUGUAUGCAUAUAUUUUAAUAAUAUCAGGAUCAUAUUGAAUAGAUAAUUUUAUAUCCAGCUUUUGUAUCACACAUUUUAUCAGAACCAGGAAAAUAGUCACAUUUAAUCUGUUAACUUUCUUACAGGAAAAAAAAAUUAUUGGUUCUGAAAUCAUUGAGAGCACUUAAUAAGCUGAGGGACCUAGUCCAUGGAAAAAAUCAUUGGACUGGGAAUAAAGAAGUCCAGGUGUCAUUACUAACUCUGCCACUAACUUGCUGUGUGGCCUUUGACAAGUUGCCACCCCUCUGGACCUACCUACUAGGCACAUGGCUCUGCUCUAAGGGCUUCCUGACAAAGAAGGCUCCAUCACUCAGCGUUUUGUCUUUGCCUGUUUGGUAAUAUUCAGCGAAGUUGACUGAUUGUGAUACAGUUUACCCAAAGGAAUUAAGAUGCAAAUUCAGAUUGAGAUUCAGUCCACCAUUUUGAAAUCAUAUAAGCUCUGUGAGGAAAAACACUUUUUCUCUUUUGCUCACCGUUCUGUCUCCUGCAUCUAGAACAGCACAUAGUGAAUGCUCAGUAUAUGCUUCAUGAAUGAAUGAAUGAUAGGUUUGCUUUAUUUUAAUUUUUCAAAUCAGUUGUUAUUAACAUAUUUUCUUUUGCUUUAAAUGGCUUUUAAACUAAUUUCAGGGAUAUUGUUAUGUAAGGAGACAUUACCAAGAUAUGCAUGUGACUUUAUUGCGUGAUGGCUAGCAUCUUAUCAUAUGUUAGGGACAGAUGUGUUUUACUGUGCCAAUAGAGACUUUAACGUCAGGAGAGAGACGAUGGCAAAAAUUUGAACUUUGCUAAGCUACUCAGAUAACUUAAUUUUCAGAACAUCUUUGAGGUCAUUUUUAGUGUGUGCCUUUUUCUUCACCAUGGGACUGUAAAUAAGUAACCUGAAUACACAAUAGAGAAGAGGAGGAGUAUUUACCUUGCCAUACAAAAAAUGUUGACUUUUCAGACUGAGCAGUAUGUUCUGAAGGGAACUGCUUUAUGCUUUAGAAUUACAAAAGAUACAGCAGUCUCUUGGUUUUGUCAGAAUUAUGUUUCCAAAAUUUUGAGACUUCUACCAUCAACCUAAUUAGAGGAGUACAGAUAUAAUACCUCAUUAAAGUUGUCUUUAAAAACCACAUUUUGUUUUAAUUUCAGCGCCGACAGCAGUGGGUUAAUGCACACCAUCGUAUCUUUAUUAAGGCCUUCAGAAUUCUGAAUGUUAAACCACUCAGCGUUGCAUCAGGAAACAUCUGCACAUACCAUCUUCAACCACCAUUAAUAAUCAUCUGUUUCAUCUCUAAUGCUUUCAAAGCACUUAAAAUAGAGAGGAAGACGCAGUAGAUAGAAGCUCACAGUCUGUACAAAAGUUGUUGCUCAGUUGGAAUUAUACCAGAGCAUAGAACCUUUGUAGAUCUAGCGGGCAUCUUAGCUAUCACCUGCCCAUCACGCCCACCCCUACAAACACACACUCCCGCGUCCCUGCAGAGGCCAGUCUGUAGCUGAACACCACAUCUGUAGCCAGUGAGAAAGGCAGGGUGCCAAAUCCUAAUGCAGUCCCUUUCUGCCUCACCCUGUCGUCAGAACACUAGCCCUGAAAUUUGGGGGACCCACAAACUAUCUUAAGGGAGUAAAAGCCCACCAAGAAAUAUUAAUUAAAAAAAAAAAAAAAAGAUUACCACCUACCCUUAACUAGUCUCGCUUACUUUUAGUUGUGGUUAGGGGGAGGGGUCUUCACCAAAAUUACGGGAAGAAUUCGACAGCCUUUUGAUGAUAUAACAGGGAACAAUAGCAUUAGAAAAUUAUUAAUUCAUGUGAAAAACAGAAAAGUGGGGAUUGUCUUUUAUAAAACAAAUAACAAAAUAAACCAACUUGCAAAUAACGAACCAGUGGCUGGUUCAAAGACUUUGCAUUGGAAACAUUGGAAGCCACUAACUUGAAGUGACUUAAACUGAAAGGUAUAUAGUUUGGCCUUGAGGAUUGAGAGGUUGAAGUAUCUUAAAGCCUUUCUUUAAGAGGGACGUUAACAUGCCCACUUUUAAAAGAACGGUUUCUGGGAAGAGAACCCUUGAUGGUGAAGAGAAAGGAAAUGUAAAUUGAAAAUCUUAACAAGGGAAAGCAGCCUACAUCAAUGAUUGGAAAGAAAAACUUGAGACUCAAGAAUGAAAAGAGACAAGCAAAUCUUCCUCUGCAGUGGGGAAGACACAGGCCAAGAAAGGGGACAACAGCGAGGUUUGAGGUAACCUGAGGGAGGAGCAUGGUUUUCAUCUAGUGCCUGAGAGGCACCAGCCCAGAGGUUUAGGGGCAGAGAUGAUUUAAAUACCAAAACAGCAAACAAGGAAGGUGACUCAUGUCCUUUCACAGGGUUCCAUGAGAGAGUACUGAAAGAACACUGUGAAAGAGAGAGACCUAGUCAGGGGAGCCUUAAUACUUAGAAAGUACCUAAUAGCAGUACUUAACCUGUUCCCUCAGCCUUCUGCCCUUCUUCACCCCACCUCAUCCUACCCCGCCUCCCAUUUUUCACCUCAGUUUUUCUCACAGAGCGGUCUGGAGAGCUUGCUCAGACCACUACCCCGAGACAAUGCAAGAGAAGAGCUUAACACAGCACAUUGCUAACCUCUUCCUAAGCUAGAGGCUUACGUUGGCUUCCCCCGUGAGUGACUCGUGUUGCUCCCUUCGAGAGAUUCCUUUACCAAAAUACUAACAUCUAGAAUUUUUAUUUUAGCCUUCUACCCUAGGAAACCUUGGUGGUGUAGUGGUUAAAUGCUACAGCUGCUAACCAAAAGGUCGGCAGUUCAAAUCCAUUAGGUGCUCCUUGGAAACUCUAUAGGCAGUUCCACUCUGUCCUAUAGGAUUGCUAUGGGUCGGAAUUGACUUGAUGGCAACGGGUUUGAUUUUUGGUUUUUUUAGCCUUCUACCUUAGCCCUAUUUUAUGAGUAUACAUGAUGUCGAAAGAAAUAAAUUUUUUAGUAACUCCCAGGUAUCUUGCAUGUGUAUUGCUUGUGUACAUAAGUGUAACUAUUUUCAUUAUUAUGAUUAUCAGUUACAUCCAAUUUUUAUUAAUAUUCACGCUGAAAACAAAAGUUCCAAAUAAUGUUUUCACUUAAUGAAAGGGGUUGCUAAAACAUGCAUGGUUGUUCAAUUCUUCCCUUAUUCGAUGUUAAUGUGUAAUGGAUUUAAAGCACUACUGAGGUAUUUUUCCAAAGUAAUACAUGCUUUUUCAUGCAAAAUUAGAAUUGUUUUAAUUUUAAAAGUUAUUGAACAUUGAACAAUUGAAACAUGUUUUCGGAUUUUGUAAAUAUGUAAGUAAUCAGUCUACUAGUUUAGCCCACCAAAGUUGUACCAUACCUUUAUUCCUAAAUAAAGAUGAAAAAACUCUGAGAUGUUCAGAAAAUCAGAUACCUAAAGCCAUGCUUAGUCCUUGACCACCUGAGGUGUUUAUACAGGUGUACCUCAUUUUAACUAAACCUUAUAAAUAAAACUGUAUUAUAAAUUUAGUUUGUAUAAUAUUAGUUGAUUGAUUAUAUAUAUAUUACAAAAAUAUUCUCGUUUAGCUUGAAGAUGGGAGGUAGGUUAAAAAAAAAAAUUUACCAUUGAAUCAAUUCCAACUUAUAACAACCCCAUGCGUGUCAAAGUAGAACUGUGUUCCAUAGGGUUUUCAAUAGCUGAUUUUCAGAAGCCGAUCACCAGGCCUUUCUCCUAAGGUACUUCUGGGUGGUAUGGUAGUAGACUUCCCUAAUAUGUUCAGUGUAAAAUUUGACCUUUUAAAGUUUUACUUACACGAGGAGACACUGUUUCUACUAGAGAUAAAAAUUAUUAUAAAACAGUAUAUACUACUGGCAUAGGAAUAGACAGAUCAAUCGCACAGGAUUUCCGAAAGUACAGUAAAGGAUGCAGGUAAUAAGGGAAUUUAGGAGACCCUGGGUGGUGCUGACAGUUAUUGGGUUCAGAAAGGUUGGCGGUUCCAGUCCACCCAGAGACACCUUGGAAGAAAGACCUGGUAAUGUACUUUCAAAGAAUCAGCCAUUGAAAACUCUAUGGAGCACAGUUCUGUUCUGACACACAUGGGGUUGCCAUGAGUCAGAACUGACACCACAGCAGCUGGUUUUUGUUUUUGUUUUUCAAGUAUGGAAAUUUAGCACAAGAUAAAGUUAGCAUAGCAAAUUAGUGAAACAAAACAUAGAUCACUCAAUAAAAAGAAUUGGGGACUAGCUAGCUGCUGGGGAAAAAAAGUAAUGCUGAACCUUACCAUAUUUCUUACAUCAAGAUAAAAUCUAGGUGAAUCAAAGAUUUUAAUGUGAAAAACUAAAACCUAUAAAGUUCUAGAAAAAAAAAGGGGUGAGCAUUUUUAUAAUCUUAAAGUGGGGAAGAUCUUUCUAAGUUUGACACAAACACUGAAGGCAUGGAAGGAAAUGCUACUAAAUAUAUAAAAAAAUGUUUAAUAUUCUAUAGGCAAAGCCAAACACAAACAGGAAAGUAGGAGAAAUAUUUUCAACACAUGUGACAAAGUAUUAAUUUUCUUUAUAUACAAAAAGUUUUUAAGUUCAAUAAGUAAAAGUCCAACAACACAAUAAAAAAUGGGCAAAAGACAUGAGCCAAUUUACUGAAAAAUAUAUAAAUUAUGAAUAAAUACAUAAACAACUCAUAA